GCAGAGGCAGUGACAGAAGUGUUAUGAAUUUACAGAGUUAAAUUAAUUAGUAGGAAAUAUAAUGUUUGCGCAAAAGUUAUUAUCUAGCUCCAUCCAUUAUCUCAACACUCGAUUAGCAAGCACAUUUGUACAAAAUGUUGUGCCUGCUGCCAGUAGUUGCAGUAUAUUACUACACCAGCAUGCAGCAAAUUAUAAAUUUCCAUCUGUUAAUAAUAGUCUGAUAUAUAGAAAAUACUGCACAAAUAAUGCCCUAGAGCCAAUGAAGAGUAUCUCGAAUAAUACAGUAAUAGAAAAUGUGAAUCAUUUAACAACGAACUGCGAAGAAGGACGACUGUUUGCCAUUGUCCACAUAUGUGGUAAACAAUUUAGAAUAGUUGAAGGGGAUAUUAUAGUUAUUGAGGGUUAUUGGCCUCCGGACAUCGGUGAUAAAAUAAGCUUAGACAAGAUACUAUUAGUAGGCAGUGCUGAUUUUUCCCUUAUAGGCCGUCCACUUAUAAAGAAAGGUUUAGUAAAUGUCACAGCUACAGUAAUAGAAAAGACAUUAUCGCAUACCAAGACACAUUUUAAGAAAAAGAGGAGGAAGCAAUAUAUGAGAAUAAAUUUUUAUAGAAGCCAACAUACCAUGCUACGUAUAAAUACUAUUGAAGUUCAAGAUCAAGUUAAUUCCAGUAAAGAAAUAAUAAAUGAAAUCAAUCUUUACUAAUUACUUUUAAGUGUGUAGAUUAAGUAGUUUAUUAAAGAAAAAUGUAACACAAGCUUAUAGCAUAUAUAUGGACAUUGCGAAUGAUAUAAAUAAAUAAAAUGUGAGUA